GGUGAACUUAAACCUGAGCCGUGAUAGUAGGUAGCAUGACAGAACAUGUGAUCUACCAAAGCGAACGUUUUGUUUACCAAAGACAAUACAAUAUUCGUUCCUAAUAUACAGUAAACAAUAAUAAAUAGGUACAUUGGUUUGUUUUCCUCUACAAACAUGUCAGUAGACUGCUGUUUUCGACUAGUGUGUUUUAUUUACUACUGAAACAGCGCGCCUGUGCACGUGCCCGGUCGCGGUCGCGAUAACAACAAAUUAAUAUUACACACUGUGCUAACACUACCAUUUCUCAUUAAACGCCCGUUCGCUGCGGUCGAUUCCAAAAUAUUGUAACGGGCUAAAUUAGACGCAGAUCGAGGGGGUGUACGGAGCGUGACGAUACCAGGGUGACCGCGGUUCCCGUGGUAGCUGAACGUAAACAUCGCGUGAUCGAUAUCAACGUCGUCGCGUGCAGCACUCUGCUGGUAGCACCCGCUCUCGUGUAGUUGCCCGCCAUCCGAGUGGAGCGAUGCGCGUCUAACCAUCACAUCAGCAGGAACAAUGAGCACGCCUUGACCUUGUCGCGGCGCGGGGGGCAGGGCAUGAUGACGCCAGCGCGGCCGGCACGCGGUUCGGCUUUCGGGUGCGAUCCUUCGCGGAUGCUAUCCGUGUAAUCGGCGGUCAGUGCGAUUCCGAAGUUGUGUCAAAAAUACUGGGGCGGGUGGGCGUCUCCGCGACGCCGGGGACUCUCGCGACGCUCUCAUUCCGCGAGCCGGCGCCGCCGCCGACGCGCCUCGAACGACCGACCGACCGAGCCGACUCCCGCCGACCGAGUGUUCCGCGACAUGCGCGUGCACCGACAUGGGUAAUGUGCAGUGUUGCGCCAGUGGACGCUUCCUCCAAGGCAAGCUGCCCAACAAGCCCAAAGAAAAGACCAAAAAGAAGAAAGCCAAGGGAAUCUCCAAAAAAAAUAGCGGGGGUAGUGGUGGGAAGAAAAACGGAAACAGUGUUCAAAAAGUGGUAACCGUGGCUGAAGACGAGUCUGAGCGUGCUGCGCCAGCGGAGGCGCAGGCGCAGACCUUGCCAGCUGAGGAAGCCCCCAGUGUUGGUGAUCCCACGCUGAAAUCUCUACAGGGUGACACCUCACCACAACCUCAAGAGGACCAGGACUGCACGGAUGGAAUCGAACCGAGGACGGAGUCUAUGGCCGCUGCCAGGGAGAGAUUCUUUACUCAGGUACGUUCCGAAGAGUCCCUGCUUUCCCCGGAAAAGACUACCAAGAGUACAAGAUGGAUACCAGACGCAUUUUCACACGAUGGCGGCCACGGUCUGACACACAACGGGAGCACCAAGGAAAUGGCUUAUGUCAUGGAGAACCUAAAGAAAGGAGGCCUUGUCUCCCGUCAGAACCAGAGUCUAAAUACACAAGUUACAAGCUCUUCGAGUCAGCAGAUGGUGUCGAGUACGACGUCAAGCAGUGCUACAACAAGCCAAAGAGUCCAGGGUUCACAUCGACUACAGCAUUUGACGUCAGAAAUGAAGGCUAACUCUAUGAAAUCAGAUCUCACUGAGCUGAAGAGCUCAAUUUCUGAAAUGAAGAACUUAAGCAGCUCAGCUGCUAGGAACUUUAAUUCAGUAGGGACACGUCUACGAAGUUCAAUGGAAAACAUUGUCGACCAAGAUGACUUGGGGGACCGACAUUUGCCUAGUAUCGGUGAUCUUACUGAAAUCACCGAUAUGAGCGACAUGGGAGAUAUGUCUGAGCUCUCAGGCGAUGGGCCACUAGUUACGUUCCCAGAGUCCGACACUCCACCGCCGAUCACUGAAAAGCCGUCGUUAUUAUCAGCCAGCACGUCAGCCAUCGGCGCCAGCUCAGCUAAUGAGUUGAAGUACAGUACCGCCCGUGUCACAUCAGCUAGCUCGACUAGAGUCGUAGCUGAUGGAUACAGUGCUUCUAAAUCAGCAGCGAAUAGCGCAAACAUGCGAAAACUGCAACACGGUGACCUGCAAUACGCUGAGCAUAGCGCGGCCGGCGCAUCGCGACGGAUCUUGCAAGCUGAAGGACUUACUGCCGAACAGAAAGCUGCUUAUCAUCAAGAGCAGCGAUCGCUCAAAUCGGGGGAGGUGACAGCUCAAGAAGCAAACAACAUGUCAGCUUCCAGUUCUCGGCUACAGACGGAAGCCUUCAGUGCUGAAAAGAAGGCUAUGGCUACAGCCCAGGCUCGACAAACAGUGACAUCAAGUGGCAUGUACAGCCACAAGGAACACUCUAGCAUUGCUCAUUCUAAUAUGACAAUCUCUAGCAAAAAUAUGCACACAAAAUCAUCACUUUCUACCCAGAUGAGUCAGUUGCUAAAUGGAACCAUCAAACCGGGUGACGAAGAUUUGACUAACCUGACCUUUGAAGACUUAGAAAAAUUAAAUUCAAAUUCAAACCCAGGCGAUGUAGAGCUGGCAAUACAGAAAUACUCCACGAGAAUGAAUGCAUUUAUAACAUCUUGGAAGAAAAAUCAAAUAGACAUGAAAAACGCCUCCGUACAUUUUGACAAACUGAAUGAGAUGUUGAGGAGAGCAUGGGCCGUACCAACUCAUGGACACGAACUCGGAUUAUCGAUAUGCAAUACUUUGCGAGCGUCUGGAGGACUUGAUAUAUUAAUGGCUAAUUGUCUAGAAUCCAGUAACCCAAAACUUCAGUUUUCAUCAGCGAAAUUACUUGAACAGUGCCUUACGACAGAAAAUAGAGCUCACGUUGUAGAUAAUGGUCUUGAAAAGGUCGUUAACGUUGCCUGUGUUUGUACGAGAAACUCCAAUUCAGUUGAGCAUUCAAGAAUAGGCACCGGUAUAUUGGAACAUUUAUUUAAACACAGUGAAAGUACAUGCAGUGAUGUGAUAAACUUGGGAGGAUUGGAUGCCGUUUUAUUUGAAUGUAGAAAAAAUGAUGUAGAAACCUUGAGGCAUUGUGCUACCGCACUUGCUAAUCUAUCGCUAUAUGGCGGUGCUGAGAAUCAGGAAGCUAUGAUCAAAAGAAAAGUACCAAUGUGGCUAUUUCCACUAGCAUUUCAUAAUGACGAUAACAUCAAGUAUUACGCUUGUUUGGCAAUAGCAGUGUUAGUUGCAAACAAAGAAAUAGAAGCAGCCGUGUUAAAAUCCGGUACACUAGAAUUGGUUGAACCCUUUGUUACAACACACAAUCCAUCCGAUUUUGCAAAGUCAAAUUUGGCACAUGCCCAUGGUCAAAGCAAAAACUGGUUGCAAAGAUUGGUACCAGUAUUGAGCUCAAAAAGAGAAGAGGCGAGGAAUUUAGCGGCUUUUCAUUUCUGCAUGGAAGCGGGGAUAAAGAAGCAGCAAGGAAACACAGAGAUAUUUAAAGAUAUAGGAGCAAUAGAAUCAUUGAAGAAAGUAGCAAGCUGUCCAAAUGCUGUAGCAUCGAAAUACGCAGCUCAAGCUUUAAGACUGAUCGGUGAGGAAGUACCGCAUAAAUUGUCGCAACAAGUUCCUCUUUGGUCUAUAGAAGAUGUUAGGGAGUGGGUAAAACAAAUAGGUUUUGUAGAAUAUGCAAAUAACUUUUAUGAGAGCAGAGUUGAUGGAGACCUACUACUCCAAAUCACAGAACAGAAUUUGAAGGAGGACAUUGGAUUACAAAACGGAAUCAAACGAAAAAGAUUCACUAGAGAACUCCAACAAUUGAAGAAGAUGGCUGACUACACUUCUCGAGACACAGGUAGCCUGAACGACUUCCUGCAGACUAUCGGUCCUGAGUACACGAUAUACACGUACGCCAUGCUGAACGCGGGCGUAGACAAGGAGUCUAUCAGGGGAUUGAGCGACGAGCAACUUGAGAACGAGUGUCGCAUUGGAAACAGCAUACAUCGAUUGAGGAUUCUCAACGCAAUUAGAGCGUAUGAAAGUUCUCUGCCAAGUAAAGGAGAAGAAAUCAUGGAGAAGAAUUUAGACGUAUUCGUUAGUUACCGAAGAUCGAAUGGGUCUCAACUGGCGAGUCUGCUGAAGGUCCACCUUCAGCUGCGAGGAUUCACCGUAUUCAUAGACGUGGAGAGGCUGGAGGCCGGCAAAUUCGAUAAUAACUUGCUGCAGAGCAUACGACAAGCAAAGCAUUUCUUGCUGGUCUUGACGCCCAAUGCUCUGGAUAGGUGCAUCAAUGAUAACGAACAGAAAGACUGGGUUCAUCGGGAAAUCGUGGCAGCGUUGCAGUCGCAGUGCAACAUCGUCCCAAUCAUAGAUAACUUUGACUGGCCGAACGCGGAGGAGCUUCCAGAAGACAUGAGGGCUGUGUGUCACUUUAAUGGAGUGAGGUGGAUCCACGACUACCAGGAUGCCUGUGUGGAGAAACUAGAAAGUUUUCUCCGUGGCAAAUCGAAUCUAGCUGGCUCGCAAAGGCUGGAUGGAGCAUUCCGAGGUCGCAGCGAGGUGCAGACGCCAAGCACAGCCACGAUAGGGCGAGGUCCGCCUAACUACCAGCGGAUGACUUCUUGCGAAAGCCGUGGUAGCGACAAGGCAGAUUGACUAGAACCGUCCAUACACACACGGCCGCCUAUUAGGCCACGACGAAGCCGCCAAUCAUCCCUGGGAAAAGCUUUACCUGCAACUUCACAGAGUUGCGAUCAAUUGUCCAGUAGUAGCACAUCCAAAACGGCGUCCCCUGAAAAAUCACUGUAUAGCUUGCCGGAGAGACUAUCCGAAAGUAGUGACAAUCUAGACGCUGAAGAAUUAGAGAAGUCUUCACGUAGGUGCCGCAGCUGUGAAGGCAUAUUAGAGGCGGAUGAAAACACGCACAUGCAGCUUUCCCUGUCUGCACCCUUAGACGCUGCCACGCAAACCAAGCGAAAGAAGAAUUUCAUGGACAGAUGUGUUAAUAAAGUGAGACUGUGCUGAUGGUCGGCAAACGGACGUACAUGUGUUCUAGAGUGUGUAUGGAAUGUGAUCACAUUAGGACCUAUAUCGAAUAUUUAUGUGAAUUUUAAUUAUAAAGUACAAAAGUGUGCACAAUCUGUAUAUAUUUUGUGUAUGCCAUUUUUAGUUAAGUUAGUUUUGACAACAAUAAUUGUAAUUGGUAAUCUAUAAAAUGUAAUCUCAAAGUCAUGAAUGCACGCAUGUGAUGCACCUUGUUAUGAACUGAACUAAUGUUUGCUACCCUGCUGUGUUUUAAGAGCAUAGCACGAGGUGACGACGCAAAGAAUGUAGCCAGUUUCAAUGGUUUAAGUAUGGCAAAUUGCUUAGCAUUUCCUUAACCAGGCAUUAUUUUAUUAUCUCUCUAUCUCUUCACUCUCUAUGUAUAGAAUUUACGAAAUGAAUUUAUGGAUGUAUUUUUAAUAUCUUGCCAAUAAAGUAUUUACGAAAAUAAAUUAUUAAAGUAAACAUAGAAUUCUUAUGACUUGCAUAUUGUGAUAGAUUAGAUCUUUAAAAAUUGUAUUAACAACAAUUCGUUGUACAGUCAUAAGUUUCUCGAAAUUAUGAAAUCUGCUAGUGCCUUUUAUUAAUUUAUUGCUUUAACAUUGUAAAAAGAUCGCCCGAAUAUAACAUUUCCUUAUCAUUCUUUACAUGUACAAAAUAUUAUUUUAUUAUAUUUUAGUUUAUAAUGUAGGCAUUCACUAGUAUGAGUUUAACCGCAAUAUUUACUUUGGCGAAAAUAUAUUUAUGUACACUAGCUAGGUCUAACUACAAAAUAAAUAGUAUUAUUAAAA